AAUGUUUAUUGUUUGUGGUUUGGGUCUCGUUAGUUGAAUACAGGGUUGUGGUGGGUACAAGUGAAAUAAUGGCUCCUGGAAAAUUUACUAUCUUUGGUAUUGUAGUGUUGCUGUUAGCGACGGCGGUCUUGGCCAAGGAUUGCCGAGGUCCUUUUUGCAAACACCGCGUCGAAUGUGACUUCAGGGGAGUCCGCUGCCACGAUUGCCACACCCGUCUUAUCUGCACGCCUCGCGGCGGCAUCCUAAGCUCUUGCUGGUUUCCUGGCCAUCGGUACUGCUCUGAAGGCCGCUGCGUCAAACAUCCUAGCACAAAAUGUGCUACUGAAAGACCAUCUACUAGCCCACCUAUAAAUAGUACUGAGAAUCCUGGCACUUUAGACCCUGCAAUUACAACAGAAGGUUCAACGACAGAUGAACCUACGUCCACAAUAGAUCCUGCUAGUAUCACUGAAUCGGUUACUUCCACUACUGAUGAAUCUACAUCUACUACUGAAGAUUCGUUUACUGAUCCUACCUUGGAUCCCGCAAGUACUACUGAAGCUACUUCUACUACUGGAGAUCCUACGUCUACCUUAGAACCUCUAAGUACUACUGAAUCUACUUCCACUACAGAUGCAAGUACUACGGAUGCAAGUUCUACUAUAGAUCCUGAUUCUACAACAGAACCUUAUACUACUGAAGGAUCAACAUCGGAUGAUAUUUCCACGACUCAUACAUCCACCACGGAAUUUAGUUCAACUAUAGAGCCCGAUUCUACCACGGAUGAAUCUACUUCUACCACUGAAGACUCAUCAGGUAGAGAUGAAGCUACAUCUACCAGUGAAGGAUCUUCUACAACUGAUGCAAGUUCUACCAUAGAGCCAGAUUCUAGCACAGAUGAAACUACUGAAGAGUCUUUUACGACUGACUCAAGUUCUACCAUUGAGCCUGAUUCUGCUACAGAUGAAUCCUCUUCUACCACAGAUGAAUCUACUUCUACCACUGACGGUUCAUCUACCACUGGAGAAAAUAGUUCACCAGCAGAGCCAACUACUACCAUAGAAACUGAUUCCAACACAGAUGGCUCUACUUCUACUACUGAAGAAGAUAGUUCUACCACAGAACCGGCUUCUACCAUAGAAACUGAUUCGGCCACAGAUGAAUCAACUUCUAGCACUGAAGGUUCAUCUACUACCGAAGAAGAUAGUUCUACUACAGAGCCAGGUUCUACCAUAGAAACUGAUUCUGCCACAGAUGAAUCAACUUCUAGCACUGAAGGUUCGUCUACUACCGAAGAAGAUAGUUCUACUGUAGAGCCAGCUUCUACCAUAACAACUGAUUCUGCCACAGAUGAGUCUACUUCUAGCACUGAAGGUUCAUCUACUACUGAAGAAGAUAGUUCUACCACAGAGCCAGCUUUUACCAUAGAAACUGAUUCUGCCACAGAUGAAUCAACUUCUAGCACUGAAGGUUCAUCUACUACUGAAGAAGAUAGUUCUACCACAGAACCGGCUUCUACCAUAGAAACUGAUUCGGCCACAGAUGAAUCAACUUCUAGCACUGAAGGUUCAUCUACUACCGAAGAAGAUAGUUCUACUACAGAGCCAGCUUCUACCAUAGAAACUGAUUCUGCCACAGAUGAAUCAACUUCUAGCACUGAAGGUUCGUCUACUACCGAAGAAGAUAGUUCUACUACAGAGCCAGCUUCUACCAUAGAAACGGAUUCUGCCACAGAUGAAUCAACUUCUAGCACUGAAGGUUCAUCUACUACCGAAGAAGAUAGUUCUACUACAGAGCCAGCUUCUACCAUAGAAACUGAUUCUGCCACAGAUGAAUCAACUUCUAGCACUGAAGGUUCAUCUACUACCGAAGAAGAUAGUUCUACUACAGAGCUAGCUUCUACCAUAGGAACUGAUUCUGCCACAGAUGAAUCAACUUCUAGCACUGAAGGUUCAUCUACUACCGAAGAAGAUAGUUCUACUACAGAGCCAGCUUCUACCAUAGAAACUGAUUCUGCCACAGAUGAAUCAACUUCUAGCACUGAAGGUUCGUCUACUACCGAAGAAGAUAGUUCUACCACAGAGCCAACUUCAACCAUAGACCCUGCUUCUACAACAGAAUUAACUGACAUCGAAGAAUCUACCACGGAUGAAGGUUCUACUACAGAAGAAUCAUUGACAAUCGAGGAACAAUCUACCACGGAAGAACAAUCCACUACAGAGGAAGAGGAGUAACCAUAUUACCUAUAAUAUACCGUCUCUAGAAAGUUACAGUAGAAUUGUUAAGACUUACAAAAAGGUGAAGUCACAGGUAUACGACGUUAUGUAGAUAUUUGACUAUCUGUAAGUAAAGACACAACAUUAAAAAGAUCAUUAUUUAA